UCAUGCUGCUGCCAUGUCCAGAGUCUCUCAUGGGUCCCUGUACGGCCUCCCAUUGCUGCUGUCUCCAUCGCCACACUCUGCCAUGUGCCACUUUCAGGUCUCCUCACACUGCUGGUGUGUUUCCAUUUUUUGUCAUAGGGUGCUGGCAGAUUACGGGCCUCCAUAGCUGCUGCCAGGCCCCUAAUCUGCCAUGGGCCCCUAUACCGCCUCCUCAUGCUGCUGCCAAGUCCAGAGUCUCUCAUGGGUCCCUGUACGGCCUCCCAUUGCUGCUGCCUCCAUCGCCACACUCUGCCAUGUGCCACUUUCAGGUCUCCUCACACUGCUGGUGUGUUCCAUUUUUUGUC